AUGGUCCAAGAAGAUAAAAUCACACUUUUCUGGUUACCACAUUCCAGAGCUCAAAGAAUUGUUUGGUUGUUGGAAGAAUUGGGGGUUGAGUAUAACUUACAUAUGGAAGACCGUGUUCAAGAUGUUAGGGCACCAGAAAGUUUCAAAAAAUUUCAUCCAUUGGGUAAAACACCAAUUCUUCAUGUUGAGAAACCUGAUGGAACUGUGAAAAAAUUUGGUGAGUCGGGAUUUAUUGUUCAAUACUUGAUUGAGCAUUAUGACACCACAGGCAAGUUCAAACCAGUAACAGAGGAUGACAAGGAUCUCAUUGAUUACUUUAAUCAUUACGCUGAAGGAACUAUGCAACCUUUGCUAGUUGGUUUGUUGGUGAACAAUGUUGCUGCUAAAUCCGUUUCUUUCCCCGUCAGCUUGUUGGUCAAGACGGUAGUUGGGAAAAUCAAUCUGGGUUACUAUGCUCCAGAGGCGGAAAAGAAUGUAAAAUUUUUGAAUGACUUUUUAAAGGCCCAGCAUGCCAAGGGUAGAAAAUGGUUUGUUGGUGAUAAAAUUUCAGCAGCUGAUAUUAUGCUUUCAUUCCCAGUUCAAAAAGUGAUUGUUGCAAAUGGUGGUGCCACGGUUAAACCAGUUAAAGAGAGUUACCCUGACAUGUAUCAAUACUUCCAAGACAUUACGUCGGAACCGGCAUGGAUUAGAGCUGCUGAAAAGGUGAGAGGUCGUGAUCAUGUCGUUAUCAAUGGUAAGUUAUAA